CAUCUGCAGGCGCCCGGCUUGGGGGGGGGCGCUGGGUGUGGGGCGGCUCCGGGGCCGGGGAUGGCGGCGGCCGCCGUUGCGGCGGCUCCGGGACCAGCAGGAGGAGCCCGGGGAGCCCCAUGAGAUGGGCCGGCUCCCAAGCCAGUGGGGAGGACACUGCUUCUUAUUACAGCUGCUCAGAAGCACCACUGGAAGCUCAGAUGUGGGCGCCCCAGCCAGCAGCAGAGAGGGGUGCAGGGGAGCCACAAAGAAGCCCCUUCUGAUGCCCCAAGGAGCAAGCCGACCCCUUCCAGGCUCCAGGAACACCACAGAGCAAUAUGAAACCUGUUCAUGAGAGGAGUCAGGAAUGCCUUCCACCAAAGAAACGAGACCUCCCCGCGACCAGCGAGGAUAUGGGGAGAACUACCAGCUGCUCAACUAACCACACACCCUCCAGUGAUGCCUCUGAAUGGUCCCGAGGGGUUGUGGUGGCCGGGCAGAGCCAGGCAGGAGCCAGAGUCAGCCUGGGGGGUGAUGGAGCUGAGGCCAUCACUGGUCUGACGGUGGACCAGUAUGGUAUGCUGUACAAGGUGGCUGUGCCACCUGCCACCUUCUCCCCAACUGGCCUCCCAUCCGUGGUGAACAUGAGCCCCUUGCCCCCUACAUUUAAUGUAGCGUCUUCACUGAUUCAACAUCCAGGAAUCCACUAUCCCCCAAUCCACUAUGCUCAGCUCCCGUCCACCUCUCUGCAGUUUAUCGGGUCUCCUUAUAGCCUUCCCUAUGCUGUGCCACCUAAUUUCCUUCCGAGUCCCCUCCUUUCUCCUUCUGCCAACCUUGCCACCUCUCACCUUCCACACUUUGUGCCAUAUGCCUCACUUCUGGCAGAAGGAGCCACUCCUCCCCCCCAGGCUUCAUCCCCAGCCCAUUCAUUCAACAAAGCCCCCUCUGCCAGCUCCCCACCUGGGCAGUUGCCACAUCACUCGAGUACUCAGCCACUGGACCUUGCUCCAGGCCGGGUGCCCAUUUAUUAUCAGAUGUCCAGGCUACCUGCUGGGUACACCUUGCAUGAAACUCCUCCAGCAGGUGCCAGCCCAGUUCUUACCCCUCAGGAGGGCCAGUCUGCUCUGGAAGCAGCCGCUGCCAAUGGACAGAGACAACGAGAGCGAAAUUUAGUGAGACGGGAAAGUGAAGCCCUCGACUCCCCCAACAGCAAGGGUGAGGGCCAGGGACUGGUACCAGUGGUAGAAUGUGUGGUGGAUGGACAGUUGUUUUCAGGCUCUCAGACUGCGCGGGUGGAGGUGGCAGUGCCAGCACACCGAGGGACCCCAGACACCGACCUUGAGGUCCAGCGGGUGGUUGGUGCUUUAGCUUCUCAGGACUAUCGUGUGGUGGCAGCUCAGAGGAAGGAUGAGCCCAGCCCCCUCAACCUGUCCCAUCAUAACCCCGACCAACAGAGUGAGGGGCAAGGGUCAGCCAGGAACGCAGCAGAGAUGGCCGGGAAAAAUCAGGCCCGAGGGUUCUACCCUCAAUCCCAUCAGGAACCCCUGAAACACAGACCUUUACCCAAAGCAAUGGUUGUAGCCAAUGGCAACCUGGUGCCCACUGGAACUGACCCAGGCCUGCUGCCCAUGGGCUCGGAGAUCCUGGUGGCAUCAAGUUUGGACAUGCAGGCCAGAGCCGCCUUCCCAGACAAGGAGUCAACGCCACCCCCCAUUACCUCUUCCCACUUGCCCUCCCAUUUCAUGAAAGGCGCCAUCAUCCAGCUGGCUACAGGGGAGCUGAAGCGGGUGGAGGACCUCCAGACCCAGGAUUUUGUGCGCAGUGCCGAAGUGAGCGGGGGGCUGAAGAUUGACUCUAGCACAGUCGUGGACAUUCAGGAGAGCCAAUGGCCUGGAUUUGUCCUGCUGCAUUUCGUGGUGGGGGAGCAGCAGAGCAAAGUGAGCAUCGAGGUGCCCCCUGAGCACCCCUUCUUUGUGUAUGGCCAGGGCUGGUCCUCCUGCAGCCCGGGGCGGACUGCACAGCUCUUCUCACUGCCCUGCCAUCGGCUACAGGUGGGAGAUGUCUGUAUCUCUAUCAGUUUACAGAGCUUGAACAGUAACUCAGUUUCUCAGUCCAGCUGUGCUCCCCCAGGCCAGCUGGGUCCUCCCCGAGAAAGGCCUGAGAGGACAGUCUUGGGACCCCGAGAGCAAUGUGACAGUGACGGGAAAAGCCAGCCGUCAGGCGAGGGCUCCCGAAUGGUAGAGCUCUCACAGCCGGAGCCUGGUGCUCAGGCCUGCUGGCCAGCCCCGAGCUUCCAAAGAUACAGCAUGCAAGGGGAGGAGGCACGGGCUACGCUGCUCCGUCCCUCUUUCAUUCCACAGGAGGUAAAGCUGUCCAUCGAAGGGCGUUCCAAUGCAGGAAAAUGAACCUCUCCCAGACCCGGACUGGGGCUCUACCCCAGAGCUGGGCCUCACCGUGAGCAAGCAGAGGAUUUGCACAUGCCGAGCAGGGGAUGGCUCUCUUGGCAGUGAGGUUGUUGGGGGAGAGGAGGCGUGAAGGCAGCCUCCCAAGGCAGGGUCUGUUGCCCAUUACCCCAUGGCAUCCUUUCAGAACAGCCCCAGAGGGUGCUGUGACGGGGAGCAGCAGGCCUGGGCCAAGGAAGGAAGGGGGUGCACGCAGGAUAAGAAACAUUCCAAAUAUCAGGGCCUCCCUGUUCUUUCCUCCUCAUCCCUAGCUCCUGCAGGGAGAGAGUCAGGCUUUGGGAGCAGGUGGCAGAGGGAGGGAGCAAAGAAAGAGCCAAAAAUGAUGAUCCACAGCUUAUAGUAGCAGUUCAGCUGUCUGAAGUUUUUUUUGUUUUUUUUUUUUUCCUUUUUGUGAUGGGAGGGCAGGAGGCCCCAUGGUUGGAAGUAAGAGGGUUCCCACCCAGAACUCUGCUUUUGAGAGCUGUGCACUUUAAAGGGUAGUUUUGUUUCAGAUGUCUAAGGCUGGGUUUGCAGGGGACUCUGCUUGAUCCUCUACUUCAGCCCUUUCCCAUCUCUCCCCAUCAUUCCUCCCGCAAGGCUUCUAGCACCAGGAGAGAGAAGCCCCUCCAGGGUUCAGAGUGAAGUACUGCCUUGGCAGGGACCCAGUCUCGGGACUUUGGGAGAAAGACCUAACGGCCAGCCUGACUGGGCUCGAGGCAGGGCCUCUGGAAAGGUAGCUGACCUAACAAAGCUCCUCCUGCUCAGCAUGCCAGACCCACUUUGAAAUUGUACUGAAUCUCUAGUUGGUAAUGGUGACUUUUGAAAUAACCAGUGGACCCUUUUCCCCAGGCCCCAACACCCGCUCCUCUGUCUAUCUAUGUUGUGCCUAAGUGCCUGCGCUGCCCCCACCCUUCUGCUGCCCUAACCUGUCUGCAUGGUGUCUUGACCUGGGCCUGAUUUGUAGCUGCACUGCCUUUCCCCUUCCGCAAAAUUGGUUUUGUCCACUCUGACCAAGACCUCUAAUUUUGUUGUGUAAGGGUCUCUCUAGUUUCCCUUUCAGUUAUAGUCUCUGUUUUUAAAAACUCAGAAUCACGUACCUUCCUCUUCUGCAGCUGAACUCUUUGGUGGAGAAACAAGAAUGGAACUAUGCCCUGGGUUGGGGCCAGUACAGCUGGCUGGGCAGUGCCCAUCUUUGCAUUUUUAUAGCAUCCCUCCCAUCUUACUCCAUUCCUUCUCCCAGCAUUCAGGCUUCUCCACGCUGUCUCCUCCCACAGCCAGCUCUAAGGUUUUGGGAUAGUCUUUUUUUUUUUUUUUUUUUUUAAUUUUGGCCACACCAUGUUGCGUGUGGGAACUUAGUUUCCUGACCAGGGACUGAAGCUGGGCCCUCAGCAGUGAAAGCGUGGAGUCCUAACCACUGGACCACCAGGAAAUUCCCUGGGAUAGUCUUGAUAAUGUUUCAAUACCUGAAAAGUCUCCUAGAUUUCAUUUCAUUGUGGACUAUUCCUCUGCAAAGAGUAUUUUCAAUCUUAGUUGCAUUUCCCCCCCCCCCCCCCCCCAUCUUAAGCCUACUUUUUCUUCACGAUGACUUUUAGCAUCAGUUCGGACUGUGGGAUUCCAGUGGGUGUUGAGAAUUAGGCUUCCCCCAUCAGCUUUCAGGUGGGUGGGUGGCUUUUUUGUUUGUUUUUUGGGGGUCUUUAGACUCUUGAAGCAACUCAGGGUGUUGUCCCCUCAGUUCUCUGGUGAGGCUUCCCCCCGGGGUAUGACCCUGGCAUUUCCUUUAAAGAUGGACUGGCCAAGGCCUGGCCUGUCGUCGGGAGUCCCAAACCUCUGAGGUCUGAUCUCUGCUCUGUCAAAAACUUUAGGCAAGUCUUGUGACCUCUUGCUCUUUCACUUCCUCCCCAGCUGCCAAAUGGGGAUAAAUAAUCUUACCUACCUCCUGGGGGGAGGGGGAGCUCUGAGAAUGGAGUCAUUCUUAGUGUUUAGGUGCUAAAGGUUGUUCUCCUGGGGGAACAAAGUGACUGAGACUGGCUUGUUUGCUACAAGCCAUACACUCCACUGUUUCAUUCCUUGAGAGCAGUUACCUGGUCAGUCAGCUUCUGGAGGCCCGUCCAGAGGCAGCUGCUGACCUGACCACAAGUACUUAAGUCUCCAGUUCACCUCAGAACCAAAUACCAACCGUGUCUGGUAAACACUCAAACUUGUACACAUUUGGGAUCAUGUCUUUUCCCUUCUUUGUCCCCAUUCUCUCUAAAUGCUGCUUUCUCUGGCUUGUUUCCUACAGUGGAGGCCUGUGGGGCUGAGUCUCGAAGAAUCCUCUCAGAGGACAGCCCCGUGGAGAAGGCCUUGUUUCUGGCUGUUCCGUGAGCAACCCAUUCCUAGUUUCUCAUGCAUGGUUUCUCAGAAACAUCCUUCCUCAUUAGGAAGGCUCAUCAACUGAAUAUAGUGACAGGCACACAGUAGACACUCAAGAGAUAUCCACCAAGGAUACCAAAUGAGCUUCCUCCUUAUGGGAGCAAACCUACAUCUAACCAGAUACAGGCCAAGUAGUUUAAAUAUAAAACUCUCACUGCCCAGCUUGGUAACUUCCACUUAAUCCUGGAAAGAGAAGAUCGUGUGCACCUUGGCAAGUUGGGUCCUGAACUUUCUGCUGCUGUUCCUCUUCUGUCUCUUGCUGGUGAAGCAAUGCUGGCACUUCCCUUAGUACUGUGCCAGGCAUAUGUAAUAUAUUCAUACUUGAUUUUGCUGAGCUGCAGAGGUGUCUUUCGUAAAGUAUGGUCUCCCAGGGAAAGAAGCUCUGUGAUCUAAAUCUUGGUCAGAGCUGUGGUAUUCCCCCUUACCUUUUCCCUGUGGUUCAGUCUUUUCUUCCAGGCAUGGGGAAUAAGAAUAACCUAUGGUAUGUCCAUUCUUCCUUAUAAAGAUUUCAUAAGUGUUUUAUAAGAGAAUUAAGAGCAGUUUUCAGAGAAUCAGCGUUUUGGUGGGAAGCUGUCAGCUUUGGGGGGAAUGGACAGUUGAAGAAGGCCAGUGUCAACAGUAGGACAGUCCCAGAGCUUAGGGAUAGAAAAGAAGAUGGCUAACUCUGGCAUUAAACAGAAAUGCCUAUUCCAGUUUGGGAGUAGGGGAACCAGGUGAAGGAUGGGUAACACAUCCAAGCCUUGGGUCAUCAUUCUUAUGAAGAUUAGUGUACACAGAGGAGGGAGAGUGGCAUGGGGGAAGGGGAAACUGGGAGGUCAGAGCUGAGCACUUGUACCCAAGGGGGAGGGGCCCCAGUAGAUCUGGACUGAUCCUUCUACACUCUUGGUCCCAGUUGGUCGUAACACCAAGGGCUUUGGUUUGUGCUGCUUUGCCAUUGCUGCUGUCUACUCCCUGUCCUGCCUGCUGCCCUUUAUAGCUCUGUCUUUCUAUGUCUUUGGCCAUAUAGGUGAAAUCCAGACAUCCUGUCCAUUCUUAACAUGUGCAAGGGUUACUUUAUAGCAAAGUUGUGUUGAGUAGGGAUAGUAUGAAAUGCUGCUGGUGGGCUGGUGAAUCCAAAGGGAUAUGGCUUCAGUGCUUGUUGGGAGCCCUUCGGCUCCAAAUAUCUGACUCAUGAAGGAGAGAUAAGCAGGUCCUAUAAGUGGGUGGUUUCUGUGUAUUAACUUCUUUCCUUUAUGAUAUCUUGUAUCCUGUUUUAAAAAUUAAAUGAUGGGGAACCAGGUUAGGGCCUGUGUCAGCAUCCCAGGGAGGUUCAUCUGGCUCCAGUUAAAUGGAUAGCGGGGUUGGGGGAGGGUUUGAAGUUUGAAAUAGACCCUCAGGUGGGGUUUAGUUUUAUUUUUACCACUGGGCUCCAUAGAAGAUGCACAGGGUGGUGGUAUGAUUUAAACCUGCAACAAGCAGGAGUGUUGAAGAGUCAAGUGAUCACACUGGAGAUAAAGGGUGGGCAUGGGUUAACUGGGAAAGGGCUUGGGUCCGUAGGAGUAGAGAUAAACUGAUUGAUUGAAUUGGCCAUGGGAGAUUAAGUCACAGUCUUAAAAGCAAAGCAGAUAGGUUAGAGGCCAAGUUUUAGGGAGACUUCUUGGCCUCCUAGGGCUAAGUUUACUAAACCACACUGAAGCUACAAUAGUUUCAGAUGGGAAAAAGUAUACACUACAGUUGAAGAGCUGAACCGUGCUAGGUUGGAUGUUGACCAGGAACCUGUUAGCCCUUUGCUGGGAAGUUUUCCCCCUCCAGCUUCCCUGGGAUAGGGAAGGCCUCCCACAUUAUGCAAUAAUAAAAUAAGCGUCUGGGUCUUUGCAGCUGUCAGUUGCUCUUUCAACUCUAGGAUCCAUCCUUGGGCCAGAAGCCUGGUCUGGGCCUAGGAUGACACUGGCCCUUGAGAUGCUAGAGUCGACUGCACUCUCUCCUUACCUGCAGACUAUGCACAGUGCCUGGGGCGGAAGGAGGAGAGGUGGUGCGGUUUGCCCUGCUGAGCCUCCCCAGCAGGAACAGUAGUAAUAAAUGCACUUUUCACACUAAGAUUUCUUUAUUAGUUCUCCUGUUAAGCCUAGAUCCUCCCCCGGUAGAUUGCAAACUCAAAGUCUGUGUGAUCCCCGAAGCCAUUCUACUGCAAAUGCCCAGCAGUGAAGAUGGCCUCAAAUUGGGUUCCUGUCUGCAGUGUGGCUGCAGCCCAUGUGCCUUUACCUAUUGUCAAACUUGCAAGCAUUUAUUUCUGUCUUUAUGACUGUCACGGGGACUGAGGUUCUUGAGAGAGAGAGAGCGCGCGUGAGUGUGAGCAAGCUCAUGACACAGUGGUUUUACACCCACUCCCCGGACAGGGAGUUUGCACGUAGUUGUGAGGUGUGAGUGGUUAGUGCAUCGCUGAUAUUGCUGAAGUCAGGGUUCAUCCCUCAUUGGCUUGACACUCACAUUCAAGAGAAGCUUGUGUUGGGGAAGAGACUGACAGUACUCGUGGCAAACUUGAAGUAUUAAAAUAAGGCUGUCCCCUACAACCUUCCUAGUCACACACAGGAUCCCUGUAGCCAAAACAGUAUAUGUUCCAUCUGCAGAGAGCAAACUGCUCUCAGCUUGCACAGCACCUUAGGGGAGGGAAGAAUAUAUGGAUAGGGAAUGGGGCGGAGAAAAGAUGGGAAUGUUGUCAUCCAGGUGGCUUUAGGGUCCUGAGGAGUAGGAGAGAAGGACGGCACUGGGGAGGUCUGAUGGAUGGAUCUGAUUUGUGUAGGAGUUCCCUGUAGAUAAAUUACUGAUCCCCCAACUACUAUCCCCAGUAUGUAAUGGCUAAAUUAAUAUGUAAUCAACUGCAUUGUAUCUAAAGCCUUAGAACUAGUCAGGUGCUCCCCCCACCCAAUACCAUUUCUUACCCUCUAAUCCUACCUGAUCUUUAACAAAGCAUUAAUAAUUCUAAGGAUAAUCUCUAUUUUGUUGUGCUUUUUUGUAACUGUUUUAAAUAAAUCAAUUUGUACUGUA